GCGAAAACAACUGAACAUCAGUUCGCUAAGUGACUUAGACUAGAAAGGUUCUCUAUAUUCGACAGUUAAAGUGAAUCGUCUCAAUAAUGGGUGGUUUGGGUCAAGUUAUUUGGACAGUUGUUGCCAUUACUCUAUCCGUUGGACGAGUUCCAGCAAUGGAAGACGAUAGUUUUAUAUUUACAGCAACUGAAAAUGACAAAUUUCCUACGACAAAUUUUGUGCCAACGAAAUUGCGAAUAUCGGAUGCAGUCUAUGAUCGUUUAAUGGUUCACCUUGGUGACCAAUUGUCAGCAGAGGAUGUUGACAUUCCACUUAACGAUUAUUUUCCAAAAGAGGUUGAAUCUGACGAAGGGGACGAACUGGAAUUUGUACACGAAUAUGACCUGGAUGAUGAUGAUGAUGAUGCGGAUAAUGAUGUAGAUGAAUUCAAACGCAAUUUACCAAAUGAUGCUUCAGUUUCAGCGGACUUUGGGAAACGUGAUUUUAAAUUUGCUAAAGUGUUAGUUAUAACUAAAGGUGGCAAGAAAACAUUUUCCAAGUUUCGUCAAUCAGCAAAAACUGGUGGUCACGCCACUUCAAGUGCGACUGGAAAUUAUAAUACAAGUUUAGAUGUAACAACAUCCGCAUCAGGAAAUUUUAAUGUGAAUAGUACGUAUUUUUCGAAAGGAAAACACCAAACUGUUGUCGCUAGUGGUACAGUUGUUACAUCAUCAUCGUCGAAAUCGAAAGUUGAAAAACGAAGAUUAUUCCAACAUGCAUCUGCAGAUUCUUCCAUAACUGUGCAAAUUCCAUCACUUGUCCAUGUGAACAGUUCAGUUCGUUCAGGUUCAGAAACUUUAAAGUUGCCAUUUAGAUCAUAUUUAACAUUAUUCAGAGCAGAAGCUAAUACCACCGCAGACAAUAUAUUGAAAUUGAAAGCUAGUGUUGCUGGAGAGGUUAUUUCACGUGUUGCAUUUGCUAACAAAACUGUUUCGUUAACAAAGUCUUGCAUCAAAGCAUAUGUAAAAAGUAAAGCCGUCGAUAAUACUACGAUCACCGAUGCUUACAGUCAAGAAAGUGCUGAUGAUGAUGACGACAAUGCAGCCACGUCCCAGAAGCUAUUCCAAGUUUCGUUGAUCAAAGCUAAAAGUCAUACAUGGACCAAAGUUGUCUCCCAAAGCAAAACUGAAGUGGUUGUUGACGUGAUAACUUGCACAAAGACAAGAAUUUAUGGUAAAUCGGUUAAGAAAGGUGCUUUUGUAAUAUACACCGGUUCUGGUCAGGUAUCAUGGGAUAAAUCCAAAAUCACAAUUGUUGCUCAACGCGUCCACAAUCUAUCACCACACGAAUAUGGAGUUCAUUUCAUUAAAAAACAACUUGAGGGUAGUUCACUCAUUCAGUUCCUGGGAAAUUCAUUCGAAGUGGCAAUGUGAGCGAACGUCAUCGAGAUACAAUCAGCACCAGUGGUUUACACUGUUAAUUACAAGAUUUGUCGCAUCAACAAUAAAAGACAUUGUGCAAAAUAAGUAUAGUUGAAACUCUAUUAAACUUCUUAUACAUCAAGCAAACUUACCUAAAAGAUUGAGCACUAUGCUUCAAAGAUGAUACAUUAAAAGUGGAUCCAAUCUUUGCACAUCCUACACAUAAUAAUUUCGAGUUCGAAAGUUUAAUGCACAAUAUUUAACUCAAAAUUUGUUACCGUUUGAAAUGGUUUCCGUUGUUAUUUACAACAUUUAUAUCGCAUAAAUAAUAAAAUACAUUGUGCAAAAUAGUUA